UCAGUCAACGCUGUUUUCUUUGUAACACGAGACCAAUUCUUAAAUUAAAACGAACAAGGAGAAGCGCUGCGAAAAUAUCAUUCAAAUCAUAACUUAAAUGACGAAAAUGUGUAUUUUAUUUCAAUAACUUGAAACAACUUGAUCUGAUAACCCAAUACAAUAAUAACUGUGGCAUUUGAAAAGAAGGUUUUUCGCAAUGUCUUCGCCAGUCUUGAAAUUAUUCCAGAUUAUUAUGAUACUAUAUAUGGCAUUAGGUGGUAAUACAUUUGCAAGAGAAGUUAAAUAUAAUUCGAAAGUUGCAGGAAACAAUACAAAGUCCAACAUUAAAAGUACAGCUACACCCAGUUCAAAAGUAAUGAAACACAGAGUAGCUUCUUUAAAGAAUCAGUCAAAUAAUAUACACAAUCUGAGAGUUGAUGUUAACUCAUCAAAAUACCCUGUUUACGCAAUGACAAUGAAACCAACUUUGAAAAUGAAACCAGCUUUGAAAACGAAACCAGCUUUGAAAAUGAAACCAGUUUUGAAAAUGGAAACAACUGUGAAGGUGAAACCAAUACGAAAAUAUAAAAUAUUACAAUCCAUCAUUGUUAAAAGCUUCACUUUCAAAAAUAACUCAACUAACCAAACCCUAGGAAAAACCAAUGGUGUUUCUGCUUCGACAGAAAAUUCCAGAAUUGGGCAGGUGAAACGAAUGUCUUUAUUUCCUUCAAGAUUAUUUAGAAGACUUUCUCAUAAUCUACAAGGUGCUGGAAGUAAAAAUGCUAGUAGUAAACCUGAUAAUGGCUUGGGUGUUCAUCUUAUUCGAGUGUAUCCCCCCAUAAUGCAUGGUUUCCAUAGGUUUUUCGUAAGGCGUCGGCCUUUUGCUAAUUAUACAGACAAAAAUGAUACUCUUCUUAAAAUUGUAUUAAUUUCUAACGAAACUCCAGCGGUAAAUAAUUUCUUCCAACCAUUUCUCGACUUUUUUCGAAGAAUGACGAUGUCCAUUAAGUCAUUUCUUCACGCCGUGAAAUAAUUUUUGCAGUUAAUUGCUAUCUGACUGUAUACAAGGAUGUUAAAAUAAAGACUGAUUUAUUUCAUUGA